AUGUUGUUUCCUCUGCGCUGGACGUGAGCCGCUGGAGCUGGAGCGGGGCAGCGCCGCCGCUGCCGUCUCCUGCCCGCCAAGUCCGCGACCCUCUUUCUGUCCUCAUUGCACCCAGAGAGGCCAGCCCGGAGUUCCCGGGGCUUCCUCCGUGUGGCCACGAGAAACUUCCUGUACUCCUGUAAGGAGCCUGGCAUUGUGAUGAAACACUUUCCCUCAUCAUCUGAGUGAAUCUUCUCAACAACCCUAGGAGAUAACGAUGCUUGAAUUGAACAAUUAAGGGUUCUGAAGUCAAAGCUCUUUGAGAUUAAUAAUGGCAGGAAAAUCAUCGCUUUUUAAAGUAAUUCUCCUUGGAGAUGGUGGAGUUGGGAAGAGUUCUCUUAUGAACAGAUAUGUAACUAAUAAGUUUGAUACCCAGCUCUUCCAUACAAUAGGUGUGGAAUUUUUAAAUAAAGAUUUGGAGGUGGAUGGACAUUUCGUUACCAUGCAGAUUUGGGACACAGCGGGUCAAGAGCGAUUCCGAAGCCUGAGGACCCCAUUUUACAGAGGUUCUGACUGUUGCCUACUUACUUUUAGUGUCGAUGAUUCGCAAAGCUUCCAGAACUUGAGUAACUGGAAGAAAGAAUUCAUAUAUUAUGCAGAUGUGAAAGAGCCCGAAAGCUUUCCUUUUGUGAUUUUGGGUAACAAGAUUGACAUAAGUGAACGGCAGGUGUCUGCAGAAGAAGCCCAGGCCUGGUGCAGGGACAACGGCGACUAUCCUUAUUUUGAAACAAGUGCAAAAGAUGCCACAAAUGUCGCGGCAGCCUUUGAGGAAGCGGUUCGGAGAGUUCUUGCCACCGAAGAUAGGUCAGAUCACUUGAUUCAGACAGACACCAUCAAUCUUCACCGAAAGCCCAAGCCUAGCUCAUCUUGUUGUUGAUUAUUAAAGAUAAUGUCGAGGCAUUCUAACCAACUCACACGUAUACACAACAUAAACAUGGGGGAGGAGAGAGAAUUAGCAUUUGCAGCAGUGUAUCAUCUAAUAAAGUUAAACUAAUGUAUAUUGCUGCUUCAUUAGUUGGGAGAAGGGACACAUCCACUCACGGAGGAAUCUAUUUACUCAAUAAUGGCACCUUACAUUUAUAAAUCGUAAUGGUUGUCUAAUGUUUCUUUAAUUUAAAUAUGUAAGUUACGGAGCUAAUAAAUGAGAUGACCAAGACUUUAAUUAUAAUUAAAACAAAAAACUUGACUAUUCUAGAAGUUAUACUUGGAUUUUUUCCUGGGAAAUUGGAGAACUACUUUUUAUGUGCGUAUAUUUUUAUGUGAUUAGCAUUGUAUUCUUGGUUCAGGGAAAAACUUUCCUAAAGCAAUAAUGUUAGAUAUUAAAGAUUAAAAUCUAAUGCAUUUGCAA